UCGUCGGGUGUCGUGUAGUGAAGCAGUCGCAUCAUCCAUUGGAUGAUCCGCGCAACAACCGUCAAACAUUCCCCGUCCGUUUCGUGCGAGAAAAAUUUCCCGAGUGUAGCUGUUCGGUUGUUUCGUCGCCACCGCCAGCACAUGCGGCGGUGUCGCGAUCGCGUCGUACCGUGCAGGUCGCGGUGAAAACGUCGCAGUUCGGCAGGCACCGCGCGCUUUCGCGACGCCGGCGAGUGUCAAACACAGCUGAUUCAACUCGCCGAGCUAAUAUGUCAUCCUUCCUGCCCAGCCUUUUCGACGCCGCCACCGGACUUCUACCUCUGAGCAAGUGCCGGUACUCCGGAAGCAUGCCUGAGAUGUUUGCUGUGACGCUCUUGAGCGGCUACAUCGUAACGUCGGUGAUACUCUUCAAAUACCCGCACCUUUUGCAUCGGAGAAAGCAAGUUAAGUUCCCAUGUCGUCAUAUCAGCCAUCGGGGUGGAUCGGCGGAGAACUUGGAGAACACAAUCUCAGCGUUCAAACACGCACUGAAGGUCGGCACCGAGCUCAUAGAACUGGACGUUCAGCUGACAAAAGAUGGGAAAGUGGUUGUCUGUCACGACUCCAGCCUGCUGCGGUGUGCGGGGGUGAACAAACACAUAUCGGAGCUCGACUACGAUGAGCUGCCACCUUUGAAGCCAAGCUUGCAGGUUGAUUUCUGCAAUGGUGCACCAAGUCCAGUGUGCGAGGAUCGAAAGAUACCUCUACUCAGCGACAUUUUUACCCUUUUCCCAAGCGUGCCUGUCAACAUUGACAUCAAGACUAACAAUGACAAGCUCGUGGAGAAGGUGCACGAGCUCAUCAAGGAGUUCAACCGAGAGGACAUCACAGUGUGGGGAAGCUUCCACCAUAGCGUCGCCACAAAGUGUUACAAGCUGAAUCCCGAGGUGCCACUCUACUUUUCGGCACGGUGUGUCGUCUACCUGCUCUUCCUGACCUACAGCGGGCUGCUGCCCUUCGUACCUCUUAGGCAGUCGUGUCUGGAGAUUCUGCUGCCUUCGGUAGCGAAAAGGCAAGGUCUUUCUCACGUGUCGUGGUCACUUUUGAGAGUUACGAACCCCUCAAUGAUGGAGCAGCUGAAGCAACCGAAGUCCCGUUUCCUCUUCAGGUUACUAGACUGGUUUGUUGUGAGAAAGUUUGUGAUAAACCACCUUCGAAAGCGAGGCAUACCGACUUACUUGUGGGUGCUGAACGAGAAAGAAGACUUUGAGAAAGCGUUUGCCAUGGGUGCCGCCGGCGUGAUGACCGAUCGGCCCACUCUACUCAGGGAGUUCCUCGAUCAGAACCCUUGCAUCGGAAGAUGAGGGACGACGGAAAAAGUCCUCGUGCACGACUCUCAUCGCGACCAAGAGAACACUUCGCUGCCAUUUUUUUUAAACGAAAAGCUUUCGCUGGCGGGUUUGGAAACAAGAACGAAAGUAUUUCUGCACAAAAAUAUAUCGGAGCUGCGCGGAUAGUCUCGGCCGCCAUCUACUUUUCCACGUACAAAGGUACACGACAUUCAGGUGCAUCGCCGUCUUAAAAGGCGGGGUUUCUAGCCAAACGUUGCUCUCACUCCAUUUUGCCCGGUGAAACCGCAUUUGUUUCGUUAACUUCUUCAAGCAUCUACAACUUUUGCAUCUCUCUUCAUUUAGUAGCAGUUCUAUAGUGAUACGUAGCGCAGCUUUGGUUAGUAAUAAUUCUCAAGUCAUUGUGCAGUCAACCGAGCAGAGUUUAUCGAGUAUUUAUUUGCGAGUGUAAAGCGUGGCACUAUUUAUAUGUGGGAUAUGUCUGGGUGUCGAUGACUGUUUCGUGUUAACCGUGCCAACGUGAAGUUCCCUUUAAUUUCUCGUCCGCGUCUUUUACUGUGAACUUCCCCUCGUCAAAUCGGUGCACGUGUCCGCCUUCCAAGGAAUGCGCGUGCGCACAAACCACAUAGACAUUCAAUCUAGGACCAUGGCAGAUGCUUUAAUACACUACUUACUCUUUUUUCUAUCACAUUUACACACCCACGUGUCGCGCCGGGAAAAGAAAACACAUUUACAAAACACAGUCCACAGAGCCAAAGACAAAUGUACAUGUAGCACAUAUUUACAAAGAGCGAGUGACCUCAGAAUGCAUACUAUACCAAAGAGUAUUCGAACAAGUCCUUUUUUGCUUUGUUCGUUAUGGAAAUGGCUGUGCCUCCUGUUUGUUGUAUAAAUAUAUAUAGUAUAUGCAAGAACAAAAAGUGAGAAUGAAGAAAGAGAUUCUGAAAUAAAAUAAUGUUGCUUGA